AUUCGAUUAUUAUUCAUUUUGUUUUGUUUUGUUUUGUCUCUUUGUUUACGUCUGGAACAAUGCGCAUGCACUGUAAUGUUUUACCAUUUUGUGUUUCGAACAGAUGAAAUGUUUUCAGAAAUGGAUAUAAAAAGGGAAAUAAAUGAUAUGGAAAUGGGCUCAAAGGCUUACUAUGAGUCAAUCAUAUAUACAAAUAACAAUUUUCGCGAAUUAAUUUUGCAAGACAUGGGAAGCCCUGAUGAUGAUUUAAUUGUGUCGAGCAAAGUAUUUUUGGCAAACAUGAGAGAAGCCAUCACUCAACAGAACGAAUUCAUCAUAAUGUUUGGUAUACAGCUAGAUCCUGAUGAGCAGAAUGAGUUGAAAAUUGUUUCAAAAGGAUGGUACAACUUGUUAAGGCGACAGCUUAUGACGCAUCGCAAUUAUUAAAUAUUAAUCAACAUUGAUAAACAUUUUAAAAAAGCAUAUUUAAUUUCUAAAUCCCACCAAGAUCGUGAUCGUUUGUGCAAAAUAGCAGAACAAAUUCGGUUCAACUCACAAAUUGAAAGGCGGAUUGGACGCGAUUCGAUUGGACGUUAUCCACCAGCUAGAAAUUAAAAGUUGAAUUUAUUCCACCAUCAUCAUCAUCAGUUAACUCGCGCAUUUGCGUCAAACAUGGCAAUUUGUUAUGAUGAUGAAUGAAUUAUUAAUAAAAUUAGCAAGUUGAAAAUAAGCGAAAAAAAAUCCAACUGGUCAAUAUCAUCUUAGCAUUGUCAUCAAUUUGAAUUGGACACUUUCGAUUAAAAAAUACACUCACAAUUCAUUUAAAAUUUA